UGAUGCUUUACGUCGUGACGUAAUCAAUCUGCGGCAGCUCGGUGUCGCGGCGGUAGUUUGUUUUGUUUUGGUGUCUGAAGGCUGAUUGAUUGAUUGAGCUGCUCUCAGCUGCUCUCAGCUGCGUUUCUAGACGUUAAUCAAUUAAAGGUUCAUUAAUAUGAUUCACGAGCUGCUGCUGGCGUUGAGCGGAUACCCGGGGACGAUCUUCACCUGGAACAAACGAACCGGUUUACAGGUGUCCCAGGAACUGCCCUUCCUUCACCCCAGUGAGACCAGUGUCCUCAACCGGCUCUCCAAACUGGGCUCGGAUUACAUACGCUUCACAGAGUUCAUAGAACAACACACCGGCCAUGUGCAUCAACAAGAACAUCACACGAACCAGCCCAACCAGACCGGACUUCAUGGAAUCUACUUGCGGGCUUUCUGCACAGGGCUGGACUCUAUACUGCAGCCGUACAGACAGGCCCUGCUGGACCUUGAACAAGAGUUCCUUGGAGAUCCACAUCUGACAAUAUCUCAUGUGAAUUACAAGCUGGAUCAGUUCCAGUUGCUGUUUCCGUCUGUGAUGGUGGUGGUAGAGUCAAUAAAAUCACAGAAGAUCCAUGGCUGUCAGAUCCUGGAGACGGUGUACAAGCACAGUUGUGGGGGGCUUCCUCCUGUACGCAUGGCCUUAGAAAAGAUUCUUGCUGUAUGCCAUGGUGUGAUGUAUAAGCAGCUAGCAGCUUGGAUGCUGCACGGCUUGCUGCUGGACCAAAGCGAGGAGUUUUUCGUGAAGCAGGGGCCCAGUGCAGGAGGAGCUGCUGCCAACCAGGAGGAGGAGGAGGAGGACCUGGGGCUGGGAGGCUUGAGUGGGAAACAGCUGAGAGAACUACAGGACCUGAGGCUGAUCGAAGAGGAGAACAUGCUGGCUCCGUCUCUGCAGCAGUUCUCCCUCCGAACAGAGAUGCUGCCUUCUUACAUUCCCAUCAGAGUGGCUGAGAAGAUCCUCUUCGUUGGAGAGUCUGUCCAGAUGUUUGAAAACCACAACCACAGCCCAUCUAGAGCUGGCUCCAUAUUGAAGCACCAGGAGGACUUGUUUGCUUCAGAGCUGCACAGACUCAAACAGCAGCCUCUUUUCAGCCUGACGGAUUUUGAAAAUUUGAUUGAUCACAUCAGGAGCACGGUGGCAGAGCAUCUCUGGACGUUGAUGGUGGAGGAGUCGGAUCUGCUUGAACAGCUCAAGAUUAUUAAAGACUUCUACUUGCUGGGUCGUGGCGAGCUCUACCAGGUUUUUAUUGACCUCGCGCAGCACAUGCUGAAGACGCCUCCAACGGCCGUCACUGAGCACGAUGUAAAUGUGGCCUUUCAGCAGGCAGCUCAUAAGGUGCUCCUGGACGACGACAACCUCCUGCCUCUGCUGCACCUCACUGUAGACUACCAGGGCAAAGACAGCAAAGAGGCGACAGGCCCCAGAGACGGAGCCACUCCUCCACAAGACACCUCCCCUCGUGAGGUCCCUCCCACCGGUUGGGCAGCUCUCGGUCUCACCUACAAGGUUCAGUGGCCGCUGCACAUCCUCUUCACCCCCGCUAUCUUGGAGAAGUACAACGUUGUGUUCAGGUACCUGCUGAGUGUGCGGCGGGUGCAGUCGCAGCUGCAGCACUGCUGGGCUCUACAGAUGCAGAGGAAGCACCUCAAAUCCAGCCAGACCGUCGCCGUUAAGUGGAGACUACGCAACCACAUGGCGUUCCUGAUCGACAACCUGCAGUACUACUUGCAGGUGGAUGUGCUGGAGUCUCAGUUCUCUCAGCUGCUUCAACAGAUCAACUCCACCAGAGACUUUGAGAGCAUCCGACUGGCCCACGACCACUUCCUCAGUAACCUGCUCGCCCAGUCCUUCAUCCUCCUUAAGCCGGUAUUCCACUGUCUGAACGAGAUCCUGGAGCUGUGUCAAACCUUCUGCUCGCUGGUCAGUCAGAAUGUGGUGUCACUGGACGAGAGGGGAACUGCUCAGCUGGACAUCCUGGUCAAGGGCUUCAGACGGCAGUCCUCCUUGCUGUUUAAAAUCCUUUCAAGCGUGAGGAACCAUCAGAUAAACUCUGAUCUGGCUCAGCUGUUACUGCGACUGGACUACAACAAAUACUACACCCAGGCUGGAGGCACUCUGGGCAGUGUUUAAGAAGAACACAAAGGAUUAAGAUGUCCAUCUAAGCUGCACUCUCACACUGAACAGAAGAAACUCCCAUCAGUCCUUUGUCCUAAACAAAUAACUGUUCGUCUGGAAUGCCUGUUAGAAUGAUCUUUAAAGGGUUAGGUCACCCAAAUUAUACAAUCAUGUUUUCCUCACUCACCUGUAGAGUUAUCUAGCCAUGCAGACAGUUUUUUUUUUUCAGAUAUGUGCCUCUGAAACUUGUUUGGUUUGGGUGAUCUGACUCUUUGGCUAGUAAGUAAAUAGAUAAGUCCGGCGACCGCUUUGUGUGUUCCGCAAUCUAGCGGCUCCGCCGUUACUGCAGUCGCAAGUUGUACUGACUCUACUCUCUGCUAACCGUGUUAACUGGUGACUUUCGGCCGAAAGCAUCCGUGCUUGCUCUUAGUAACUUACAUAAAUGGUUGGCGAUAAGUGUGUAUUUAAAAUGGAUUAAAGUCAAAUUGAAGCCUUUUACGAGGACACAGAUGCCGUCACUUCGAGCAACCACGACGCAUUCGGCUGAGAGUCAGUGAACACGGUUAGCGGACACUUUGUACGUGUUCCGUUUGUGAACUCCUAGACAUCGCUUUCAAAAGUAACGUUAACAGCCUGCAAUCAAACGUGUGUGUAAUGUAGUGAGAUGCCACCGCAGUAAUGGCGACUUCCGGUAUUUCCCCGGAUUCAUGUAUAGCUCACUGUCACUUGUAUAAAUUGUAAAUAUGGAAGACCUUGUUGCGUGUACCAUUUUCUGUGGAGAAAAUAAACUUUGAUUGCUUAAAAUGAAA